GUCUCGGUACCGAGAAUUUAAAUAUUAGGCUGCUAAAUUAAAUUCAACUGGCCGAUGACUUUAAGGCCUACCCUCAACUAUUAUUGAAUCUAUGGAAGAUUUCUUAUUAUGGCUUGAUCUAUGGUUGUACUAUAACCAUCAUCAAUUGAUCAAUACCUUCAUCAGUCAACCUAAAUACUAUAUAUAACCUGCAAUUGAAGUGAAUAUAUAACUAGAACUAAUAGUAUAAUGACCACCUCAUUGGAAUGAGUGAAAAAAAAAAAGAAAUGUCCAACGUUGAAUGAACAAAUUAUGUCGUUUUACAUCAUAUAAAAAAUGUCGGUCCAAAUUUUUAAUUUUAUUACCAUCUCUCACAGUGUCAACUCCUUAUUAGAAAAAUUGGAAUCAAUUAAUAUUCAAUCAAUUCUAAUUGUAUUCUAUUCUUUUGGUUAUUUUCAAUUCUUUCAUUGCAUUGCAUUUCGUAUCCAUAAUCAUAUCAUCAUCACAAUGUUAAGAAGAUCAGCCAUUGCUCAAAGUUCUGCCAUUCGUUCAUUAGCAACUUAUGCAUCUCCAGAAGCCGUUUUACCAAAGAAAUACGGUGGUAGAUAUACUGUUACUUUAAUUCCAGGAGAUGGUAUUGGUAAAGAAAUCACUGAUUCUGUUAAAACCAUCUUUAAAUCUCAAAAUGUUCCAAUUGAUUGGGAAAUCGUUGAUGUUAGUGGGGUUGAUGAAACUGGUCAUAGUGUUAGUGAAGCUGUUGAAUCAUUAAAAAGAAAUAAAGUUGGUUUAAAAGGGAUUCUUUUCACUCCAGUUGGUUCAACUGGUAAAUCAUUAAAUGUUGCAUUAAGAAAAGAAUUAGAUAUUUAUGCUUCAUUAGUUUUAAUUAAAAAUAUUCCAGGAGUUAAAUCAAGAUUAGAUGGUAUUGAUUUUGCUUUAGUUAGAGAAAAUACUGAAGGGGAAUAUUCUGGUUUAGAACAUCAAUCUUAUCCUGGUGUUGUUGAAUCAUUAAAAAUUAUGACUAGAUUUAAAUCUGAAAGAAUUGCAAAAUUCGCUUUUGAUUUUGCUAAAAAGAAUAAUAGAAAAUUAGUUACUGCUAUUCAUAAAGCUAAUAUUAUGAAAUUAGGUGAUGGUCUUUUUAGACAAACUGUUAAAGAUGUUGGUCAAGAUUAUAGUGGUAUUGAAGUUAAUGAUUUAAUCGUUGAUAAUGCUUCUAUGCAAGCUGUUGCCAAACCUCAACAAUUUGAUGUUUUAGUUACUCCAAAUUUAUAUGGUUCCAUUUUAUCAAAUAUUGGUGCUGCUUUAAUUGGUGGUCCAGGUUUAGUUCCAGGUGCCAAUUUCGGUAGAGAAUAUGCUGUUUUCGAACCAGGUUGUAGACAUGUUGGUUUAGAUAUUAAAGGUCAAAACACUGCUAAUCCAACUGCUAUGAUUUUAUCUUCUGCUAUGUUAUUAAGACAUUUAGGUUUAAAUGAUCAUGCUGAUAAAAUUAGUGCUGCUACUUAUGAAGUUAUUGCUGAAGGUUCUAUUAGAACUAAAGAUAUUGGUGGUACUUCUUCAACUACUGAAUUCACUGAUGCUAUUGUUGAUAAAUUAAAUGCUUAAUUUAAUUAAAAGUUCAUUUAAUUAAUUCAUACAACUACUUCUUACAUAUAUAACCUUUUUUGUUUAUUUUGUUACCUCUUAUAACUGUUACAAUUCUUUCUAUACAAUGAAACCACCUUUCUUUAUGUUAAUAUAAGAAAAAUAGAAACAUUUUAAAUCAUUAUCAGUAUUCCAACUAGAUAACUUCCUCUUCAAUUGCAAAAUUUACAGUUAUUGAUGUCAUGAUUAUUUCUCAACCAAUUGAAAAAUAUCAAUUUAAUUAAAAUUUACUUACCCGCACGUUUGUGAUGCAUCCAUGAUGGAUGUGAAAUAUCAAUACUUAUCACAGUAUCAUCAAGGGAUAUAGAUACAAUUGAACAGUGGAGUUAUGAUGUGAUAAUUGCCAUAAUGCUUUAACAAUCUCUUCCGUCGGACUACUUC